AUGCAACCUGCUCGAGCAUCCGGCGGUGCCUCCACCCCGGUAACUGCUAGCAAUGGUCUCAGGCGGUCUGCUCGAUCAUCUCUUCGUGCAAGCUUGAACUCCUCACGGGCACCAUCAGUCACAGACUCCAUUCCCAGCAGCAACGCUACUCAUCUCCGUCAGACUGUUGCUCACGCGCCCCCCAGCGAAACUGUUUCCUCCGCCACUACGCCUGCAGAGCUUACUACAGAUGAGGCUAGCGACUUUACUCCUGCCACCAGCAUGAUGCCUACACCACUGUCAAAUGAGGCUGGGAACUCACCUGACAAGCGGGCAUCCUUUGUUAUUGAAGUCCCCACCGCCCAAAGUCGUGCGGAGAGAGAACGUGCCGUGCGCACAAGCGGCUUGUCUCUCAACUCAAAGGGCAAGCGUCGCGCUGAUCUUAUUGACGACUCUGAUGAUGACGAGGCCUUCUCUGAUCACUCCCCAGAUGCCAAAGUUGCCCGGAGACUUCAAGACGAGGAAUAUGCCAAGACCCCUUCCUGGACAACAACUGUCCCAAAUCAUUUGCAAUAUACUGACAAAAACGGCGGUAUAAUUGACAAACCCUGCAAAAGUUGGCCAGCAAAGAGGGCGCGCGCCGAUACUUCCAGUGGUUCCCGCCGCCACUCAAAGAAGAUCCGAGUGAUUUCAGAUUCUGAAGCCGAUUCACCUUCAGACAUUGAUAUGGACGCAGAAAUCGCCGCUGCUGUUGCUUUUGAUGACGUUGGUAUCGCUGAUACUACUACACAUCAGCAGCACCCCUCCUUUGUGAUAUCCGAUUCCGAUAAACUCAGUGACCUAGACGACUCAAUAUUUGAAGGCUCUAGCGAUGGCGAACCGUCAUCCAAGUCCAAAGGAAAGCAGCCGAUGGUCUUGGCACAUCGUUCAGGUCCUAGCAGCCGCAGAAACAAGUCGCUCAAAUCUGGAGGUGCGAGUAAUGCAGACGCCAUCAGCAUUGCUAGCGAGGACUCUGAUGCUUCGUAUUUGUCCGACCUUUCCACAAAAAAGCCCUUUGACGAAGCCGCUGUUCUCGACGAAAGGGCUCAACUUGAGAGAAUCACUGCCUCGCGCAAGGCUUACAGACGUGGAAACAAGCGCCGAGACCAAACCGAGCGAGAUCGUCUUGAGGCUCAUCACCCAGAGCUUCUGGAUAUGUGGACAGACCUGGAAAAUCUGCCAGAAAUCGACGCAGGCAGGGCAGAACAACCCACCACUAUUUCACGUCGCCUCAAACCCUUUCAGCUUGAAGGCCUUGCUUGGAUGAAGGAGAUGGAGAAGCGGGAGUGGCGUGGCGGCCUUCUCGGCGACGAAAUGGGUCUGGGCAAAACGAUUCAAGCCGUGUCACUCAUCAUGUCCGACUAUCCUGCCAAGCAACCUACCUUGGUGCUUGUGCCCCCAGUUGCUUUGAUGCAAUGGCAGUCAGAAAUAAAAUCCUACACUGAUGGGACCUUGAAGACGUUCGUCUUUCACGGCACAAACGCCAAGACCAAGGGCAUGCAAAUCAAAGACUUGAAAAAGUACGACGUGAUUAUGAUGUCGUACAACAGUCUAGAGUCUAUUUAUCGAAAGCAGGAACGUGGCUUUAAGCGCAAGGACGGGCUCUACAAAGCAGAAAGCGUAAUCCACGCCAUCCACUUCCAUCGCAUUAUUUUGGACGAAGCCCAUUGCAUCAAGACACGAACAACAAUGACAGCCAAGGCAUGCUUUGCUCUGAAGACCAACUAUCGCUGGUGCUUAACGGGAACUCCGCUCCAAAACAGAAUCGGCGAGCUCUUUUCUCUCAUCCGAUUUCUCAACAUCAAACCGUUCGCUUCGUACCUAUGCAAACAAUGUCCCUGCUCUACCCUGGAGUGGGACAUGGACGAAGACCACCGGUGUCACAAUUGUGGCCACGGCGGCAUGCAGCAUGUAUCGGUUUUUAACCAAGAGCUUCUCAACCCAAUUCAAAAGUUUGGCAACUUUGGCCCUGGACGCGAGGCAUUCCGCAAGCUGCGACUGAUGACAACGCGCAUCAUGCUCCGUCGGCUGAAGAAGGAUCACACCAACGCCAUGGAGCUGCCUGUCAAGGAGGUCUUUGUCAAUCGGCAAUUCUUUGGCGAGGAGGAGAACGACUUCGCGGGCAGUAUCAUGACGAAUGGGCAGCGCAAAUUUGACACUUAUGUUCAUCAGGGUGUCCUGCUCAACAACUACGCCAACAUUUUUGGCCUCAUCAUGCAGAUGCGUCAAGUCGCGGAUCAUCCCGAUUUAAUUCUGAAGAAGAAUGCCGAGGGCGGACAGAACGUUCUUAUCUGCUGCAUUUGCGACGAGCCGGCCGAGGACACGGUGCGCAGCCGCUGUAAGCACGACUUUUGCCGGUCCUGCGUUGCGAGCUACAUACACUCCACUGACGAGCCCGACUGCCCGCGCUGCCACAUCCCGCUGUCUAUUGACCUGGAGCAGCCCGAGAUUGAGCAAGAUCAGUCUAUGGUGAAGAAGUCUUCGAUUAUUAAUCGUAUCAAGAUGGAUAAUUGGACUUCAUCCUCCAAAAUUGAGCUUCUCGUUCACGAAUUGCACAAGCUGCGGUCGGACAACGCGUCUCACAAGUCCAUCAUAUUUUCGCAGUUUACGACAAUGCUGCAGCUGGUGGAGUGGCGCCUGCGCCGCGCGGGCAUCACCACGGUCAUGCUGGACGGCAGCAUGACGCCUGCGCAGCGCCAGGCCUCGAUUGAGCAUUUCAUGAACAACGUAGACGUAGAGUGCUUUCUCGUGUCGCUGAAAGCCGGCGGUGUCGCGCUGAACUUGACGGAAGCAUCUCGCGUCUUCAUUGUCGAUCCAUGGUGGAACCCGGCGGCUGAGUGGCAGUCGGCGGACCGGUGUCACCGCAUCGGGCAGACCCGGCCGUGCACGAUUACACGCUUGUGCAUCGAGGAUUCGGUAGAGAGCCGCAUGGUGCUAAUCCAGGAGAAGAAGACGAGCAUGAUACACUCGACUGUGAAUGGCGACGCCAAGGCCAUGGAGUCGCUGACGCCCGAGGACAUGCAGUUCUUGUUCCGCGGUAGUUGA